UAUAAAAAGAGCAGUUCUUGGUGUAGCAGUCAUUCUGUAAACUUGAGCAGGUUUAAAGAAAAAUGUUCCUUUUACUGACGGCGUUCUCUUUCGCUUUAUUUGCAUGCGGAGAUGUCCAUGCUAAGAAGCUCCACCACAUAAUAGGAGGAACUGCUGCCAAGAAGUGUGAAGUCCCUUACAUCGCAGUAGUUUAUGUAAAAAGAGGUGCUAAGGGUUUCCUUUGCGGUGGUUCUUUCAUAGACGAUAGACACGUCUUGACGGCUGCUCACUGCUUAGAAGGCGAUGAAGUCACGGCUACCGUUAUAUACGAUUUUCUUGACAUACAUUCUCCAAAAGCGAUUGCAAGAAUAUCGGAAUAUGCUAUACAUCCUGAAUUCAAUAUAAAUAAUUCAUCAGUAUUGAACGACAUAGCAGUUAUAACUCUGAAAAAGGCGAUAAAAUUUAGCGAUUGUGUAAAACCGAUCCGACUGGCAUCUUCCAAUGAAGAGUUUAUUGGUGAUUGUAAGGCGGCUGGAUGGGGCAAGACUAACGGUAUACAAAGUUCCAGCUCAGAUAAGCUACUUUUUGUUGACAUCCCAUUGGUUGACGAGGAGAGCUGCAAUGAAAACGGUGCAAAUGUUAACGAACAACAUAUCUGUGCUGGGGAAAUGAAGGCCAUGGGGAAAACUACAUGUCAGGGAGACUCUGGUGGACCGUUGGCUUGUACCAGUGCCGACGAUGGUGAAACUGUUUUGGCAGGUAUUACUUCCUAUGGUUGGGAAUGUACAAAUGGAUUGUCAGUCUUUACCAGAGUUUCUUAUUUCAAGGAAUGGAUCGAAAAUGAACUCAACUGAAUAUCCAAGAGACGAUUCAGAAACAUCGAUGUCUUUAGAUGGGAAUAAAUGAUUUAUUGUUUCA